AUUUCCUAGCCUUUCUCUUCUUUCGGAGAGGAGAAAUCACGUGGAUACCUAAGGUCAAGGAUUAUCACCGCUAGGCUGGAAGAUCUGCUUUUAGGAAUGUCGAAUUUAUCAUUGAGAAGUAUCUUGGAUACAUGCAAGCUCACUGGACCAAACUUUCUGGACUGGGAAAGAAAUGUGCGUUUAGUUCUUAGACAAGAAAAUAUUGAGUAUGUGUUAGACACACCGGUAGCCAAGAUUCCUGAUGCUAACUCUCCUGAGUUUGCCACGUUUGACCUGACUGCUCGAGAGAAACACGUCACUGAUGCUAAAACUGUGCAAUGUGUUAUGUUGGCUGCAAUGUCUAUGGAGUUGCAAAGGCAACACGAUAGGAUGAGCGCCUUCGAGAUGCUUGAACACUUGAAAAGUCUGUUUGAUUCGGAAAGUCAGACUCUAGAGUAUGAACUUCUGACAGACAUUUUCAAGUGUAGGCUUCAAGAGGGUGGCAACGUGUCUGAGCACGUCCUCAAAAUGAUUGGCUUAAUUGAAAGAGUUGCUACCACCGGAAUUAAGUUUGAGGAUCGUGUCUCAGCUGCUAUCAUCCUAUAUUCGCUUCCAAGUUCAUUUACUAACUUCAUUGUGAAUUACAAUUUGAACAAAACGAAAGCGACCAUGCCUGAAAUCCAUAACAUGCUCAAGUCUUAUGAAGCCUCAACCUCUAAAGGAAAGACUGUUCUUAUGGUAAGCUCUAAUGCUAAGUCUCGUUCUAAGAACAAGAAUAAGAAAAAGAAGAAAGGUAAGGUUGGACCUACUCCUACAGCUCUGAAGCCUAAAGGUGGAGGUCAUAUGAAGCCAAAGGUUGCAAAGGAUGUUUGCCUUUACUGCAAAGAGAAGGGACAUUGGAAGAGAGAUUGUGAGCUGUAUAAGGCUAAUCUAGCCAAAGCAACAGGUGCUUCAAGCUCAGAAGCCUGAGAAGCAGUGUAGCAGUUGGACUGGGGAAAAUUGACCUACGCGUGAAGGUUGGAGCAAAAGUUGCUGCUGAACGUGAUAGGAUCUUAUAGUUUAGAUUUGCCCAGUGGUUUUAGAUUAGAAUUAAAUAAUUGUUAUUUUAUUCCUUCUAUUACCAUGAAGAUUAUUUCCAUUCAUAUGUUAGACAUUAAAAGAUUUCUA